AAUGAAGCAUUGCAGACAGAAACUAUGGAAUAACCUCUCCAGUACAUGUUUCAGAAGUUGUAGUCCAGAAGUUGUACAUUUUGUUACAGCAGCAAAUUGAACACAUUAAGUGGUCCUUUCGGGUAAUGGAUAAGCAGCUUGAUGCUAUUAGUAGCAUGUUAAAUGCUCUCGAGUUAAAGGCUCAUGUAAUGGAGCAAAAAGUCUGUGAACUUUCUUGUCAUAUCUCUGACAUAAAAGAGGAGAUUCAGUCCAUAUAUUCUACUGCCUUUUGUAACACCGUGCAAGAAAACAGUGUACUGCAGCAAAAUCCAGACCAUGUGAAACAGAAGGCAAAAGCACGCAUAAAACCCAUUUUUGGAACAUCCAGCUUCUUUGAAGAUCUUUCUUUGUGGAGAUUCAUUAGUGCUGAAUUGACAAGAGGCUAUUUUCUGGAACAUAAUGAGGCAAAGUACACAGAGAGGCGAGAAAAAGUAUAUACAUGUUUACGAAUACCAAAGGAAUUAGAAAAGUUGAUGUUUUUUGGAUAUUUUCUCUGCCUGGAUGCCUUCCUGUAUGUAUUUACUCUCCUUCCUCUACGGGUGCUUUUAGCCCUCCUCAGAUUCAUCACUCUUCCAUGCUGUGGCCUAAGUGUCAGACGAUUGCUGCAGCCUGCUCAGGUAUGUGAUGUACUUAAAGGGGUUAUAAUGGUCAUCUGCUAUUUCAUGAUGCACUACGUGGACUACUCUAUGAUGUACCACCUGAUCAGGGGUCAGUCUGUCAUCAAGCUAUACAUCAUCUACAAUAUGCUGGAGGUGGCAGACCGCUUGUUUUCAUCUUUUGGUCAAGACAUCUUGGAUGCUCUCUACUGGACGGCCACAGAACCAAAAGAAAGAAAAACAGCUCACAUUGGUGUUAUUCCGCAUUUUUUCAUGGCUGUUUUCUAUGUCUUUUUUCAUGCUAUUUUGAUAAUGGUUCAAGCAACUACUCUCAAUGUAGCGUUCAACUCUCACAACAAGUCAUUGCUCACUAUCAUGAUGUCAAACAAUUUCGUGGAAAUUAAAGGAAGCGUUUUCAAGAAAUUUGAGAAGAAUAAUCUCUUUCAGAUGUCCAACAGUGAUAUCAAGGAGAGAUUCACCAAUUAUGUUCUUCUGCUUAUUGUUUGCCUAAGAAACAUGGAACAGUUUUCAUGGAAUCCAGAUCACUUUUGGGUUCUGUUCCCAGAUGUAUGCAUGGUGAUUGGAUCUGAGAUUGCAGUAGAUGUUGUCAAGCAUGCCUUUAUCACCAAGUUUAAUGACAUAACAGCAGAUGUGUACAGUGAAUACAGAGCAAGCCUUGCUUUUGACCUUGUUAGCAGUCGGCAGAAAAAUGCGUGUACAGAUUACAGUGAUUCUGUGGCUAGAAGAAUGGGCUUUAUUCCUCUUCCAUUGGCAGUGCUGUUGAUCAGAGUCAUCACAAGCUCAGUGAAAGUUCAAGGAUCCAUGGCAUAUGCUUGUGUUUUUCUCUUCUAUUUGGGAUUAAUAACACUUAAAGUCCUCAACAGCAUUGUAUUGCUAGGAAAGUCUUGCAAGUAUGUGAAAGAAGCCAAAAUGGAAGAAAAGCUAUUCCAGACUGCUUCAGCUAGUGCCCCUGCAAAGACGUUUUACAAAUCAGUCAGCAAAACAUCACCACCUAAAGGCCCAGCACCAGAUGAAAGCACAUCAGAUUCAGUUACAAGUCAACCUGUUCGGAUGUCGGAAAGUUUACCUCCACUUCUUGUACAAAGCAGCUCAACCCAGUUCCUCACUACCCCUGACGGUGAAGAGAAAGAUGUCACACAAGAAAGUUCAGAACUUAAACACCGUUCAACAAAGAAGGACUUGCUUGACAUAGACAGGUUUACAAUAUGUGGAAACCGAAUCGACUGAUUUGCAUUCUUCAGUUGGCAGUGAGCUGCCAUGAUGACAGAACUACUGCAGAGAAGGCACUAAGUAUUUAUUGUUAACUUAUUGACUUGGUACUUUUCCUGUAUUCGCCCCAGAAGAGUUUAUCCUGGAACUGAGUGUGUGACUUGCUGUAUAAUAUGUUGUGAUUACUGGUAGUGGUUUGUGUACAAUGAGUAAAGGAAAUAAAAGGAAGAACACUGCGCAGCUGAAGCCACUGCCAGCGGACGAGGAUUUAUUGAACAGGAAUGCAGUUAAUCAUUCACAAGUAUGGCAGCAAAGUAGCUGAGAGAGAACAUUUCUGAGAAAGUGAGCAUUUUGACAUUCACAGCUCAAGCAUAUGUGCCUGGAAAAGUAAAAACUGUACAUCAAACUUUUGUUGUCAAACAGACUUUAUUUUCAAGAAACAUGAUUUUUUAAAACUUUUUACAGCAACAACCUAGGCAUUAUGAAUAUUUAAAAGACAUUUGAACAAUAUCCUUUCUAAAAAUAGCUAUCUAUAAUGAAGUAUGAUUAAAAAGGAAAUUGUAUAUUUCACUGCUAGCCAUUUUGUGGCAGCUAACGUUAAUGCUAGUGAAAGAGCCUGAGGCAGGGAGAAAAAUAAACAAAAAUGUUUUAGUAAAUGCAAGCACUGAAAUUCACUAAUGACUGUGUGCUGCCAACAAUGGGACAGUCUGUAGCAGUUUACUCUUCCAGCCUUAUUUCAUUUUUAUAUUCUUUGGCAUUUUUUUUCUUUUGUGAACCAAGUAAAGAGUAGCUGAAAUUUAUUUUUUUGAUUGUGCACUUGAGAAAAUAACAUGAAAAAGAAGUAAAGAUAAAUCAUUCAUUCAGAACAUGA